CCCAGCCAACACGCAAUGUUGUGAUGACAAAAAAUACCUGGCCGUGUGGCAGAUCAGAAGGUCAGGGACUUCUUCUGCGGCCAAGUGAACUGCCAACUGCCCACUGCCCACCGAGCCCAAGAGCGUUGUCUUCUCAGCUGUCGUCGAAGCUUGAAAGAAAAAUGUCUGGCGAAGAAAGGAGCAUUCCUAUCUACACUGUCGAUGCCUUCACGGGCGAACCAUUUGCUGGUAACCCUGCUGCGGUUUGUUUACUGGAUUCAGAGUCGGUUCUGAAUGAUGAAGAAAGGCUGAAGUUGGGUGCAGAAAUGAAUCUCUCAGAAACCUCAUUUGUUGUCCCUCAGAAUGGGGGCGAUUUUGUGAAUGGCUCUAAGUUUGGUUUACGUUGGUUCACCCCAACGUCAGAGGUAGAUCUUUGUGGCCAUGCUACUUUGGCAUCUGCAGCUGUACUCUUCUUUGAUAGGGGAAACAAAAGUGAACGGUUGGAGUUUGCUUCUCGGAGUGGACCUUUAUAUGUGACAAAAUCUGGCAACAAGAUGUCUUUGAAUUUUCCUUUGAACCCCCCUUCCCCCAGGGACCAAGACGAUAUAAAGAAUUUGUUAAAGAUUAGUGUUGGUGACUUGGGACUUAUUCAGGAUGUGCAGCUCAGUAAUACAACACGGAAACUUCUGAUACGGCUAAGAGAUGAUGUUACCAGGGAGGCUCUUGAAAAGCUAGAACCUCUGAUAGGGCAAAUGGUGCCUACCUACAAUACAGGAGAAAUCAAAGGAGUUGGCAUCACAAUCAAAGGCUCACGUGAAAAUGGCUGUGUGGACAGGGAUGGCAAUGUCUACGAUUUUGUGUCGAGAUAUUUUGCGCCUUGGCUUGGAAUCCCAGAGGACCCAGUCACAGGUUCAUGGCACACGGUGGCCGGUGCUUACUGGGCAAAGGAAUUAGGGAAAACUGAGAUGUAUGCUCGGCAGUGCUCUCGGCGAGGUGGAGAAAUGUGGCUGAAAGUGGACCCUCAACGAGUGACCAUGUCUGGUCAAGCUGUGAUUAAUUUGAAAGGCACCUUUUAUCUGUAAUUUGUAACCAGCCUGUAUAAAAUAAUGUUAUCUGAGAUGGAUCGUUUACCAGUUUCCACUGGUAUUACUGCGAGCAAGAUAACUUUGGGCUGUCAUUCAUCAUCAUAAAGGGAUGUAUCCAGGGCUGUCCACUCUGAAUUUUGCACUUCAGGAAGAUUAAGGGUCAAUUUCAGGUAGUGUGGCCAAAAAUCAGAAAGUACAAAUACAAAGAAAUGAAAGAAAAAAAACAUUUCCCCCGUACAAAUAGUUAGUUGCCACUGAGUGGAACUUGCUUUUAGUGACAUUAUUAUGUGAUUAUGUUUUUUGUAUGCGUUUGUGUAUGUGCUUGGGUGUGCAUAAGUGAAGGUGAAAAUGUUGAUGCAAUGAAAUGUGUGGGUUUAAAAAAAAAAAAAACAUUUAUGGGCCAUCGUUCAGGGUACCUAAUAAUUAAUAUUGAAUGUGGAUUUGAGUGCAGGGUGACUGCCAAACUGAAUUCAGAAUCCGUCACCCGUGCCAAAGGAACUCAAUAUUUAAACAUAUUUUUUUACAAUGAGAUGUGAUUUUUCUUUCUUGAUCAAUGCACAAAUUUUUCAGCAGCCCCAAAGACUUGAAGGAAGGCAGAAAGAAUAACUGAAUAAUAGAAUUGAUGAAUAUAUAUUCGCUAUAGUGACUAGCCAGAUUUUAUCUGAAUUGUGUAUGAAAAUGUAUUGCCUACUGACCCGCAAUAAACGCAUAGAGGGCCGAUGGUCGAGUGCAGGAAAGGAGCAAUCUGGCACGUUUCUGUUACAACUUGUUUAUGAAAUCCAGUCUUCAGUACCAAGGUUCUCAACAAGGGGUAAAUCUACACUGAGGUUGCCCUCUUACAUAGUCAGGAGGGUAAAUUGGAUGACUUAGCAUAUUUAUAGACAUAUUUCCUUUCCAGUUAGUUUGGGUGCCAUUUGUAUUCAAAAGGCGUAUUGAUUGCUCAGUUGGUAUCAUGCAGGGUGAAAGAAGGAAUAGAUAGCUGUGGUUCGAAAACACAGUGAGGCAUUGGUGAACUUCAGUUGUUAGGGGUGUUUUGUAGGCUCUCCAUCCACUUGGCUCUGUCAUAGUGAAGAUGGGUGUUGAAUUUGGAGAUUCUACAGCUUAAAAGACCUUACUGUCUUUACAUGUAUAAAGGCAAACUCAUUCUAUAAAUAGAAAUUAUACCCAUAUCUACUCUGAAUCUGAUCUGAAAAGGUGUAAUCUAAGCUCCAUACAACGUGUUUUCAUUAUUGACAAAAUUUGUUUUAACUUUCAUCACCUGGGAACUGAGUGAGUAAAAGAAAAAUGAAUGUCCAACUAUUUUCCCAGGCUGUGUCCACGCGUGAGUACCAGGUAUGAGAGUCACAGGCUCUAAUGUAUAGGGUUGUAAAUGAAGGAAGUUCAUGUGUCGAGCAGCCUGACUUAUAUUGUUGUAUUCCUGUAUCCUCUUGCUCCUUUUUUUGUUGCCUGACUGUUAUUUACAAACACUCCCACAAGUUGAAAGGUGGGGUAUAGGGAUUCUUUGUUCUCAUUCUAAUACUACUAAAAGUAAGGGAUUAACGGGAGGAGUCGAUUUUGGGUCAAGCUAUGCAAAUUGAGAUGUUGGCUGAUUCUUGAAUUUAAGGUCAACGAGUUUUCUGUCUAAAAAUAGCAAGGAGACAAUUGAGAAAAUCGUUAUUCACGUGGUAAAUUGCCUUUGAAUUUAGGAGGAUGGGUCAAAAUGUGUAUUUCCACAAUAAUUGUCUUUUUUCUCAAACUGUCAUUUUUUUGCAGUUUUCCCCUAUUCCUUCCUUAGUUUUCAUCCCUUUGACUUGAAACUAUUCGGAAACAUAGGUGGCAUGGCUGCUAUUAGUACUAGUGCAACACAGAGAUAUUUGCGAAAAGAUUAACUCUUUUCCAUUGACAACGGAUUAUGUAACCAAAAUUUAGAAAAACUCUACGUAAAUUGGGAAAAUUCUCAUAAUUUUUUAUUUUUUUUUAACACUUAUUUAAAAAUACUCAGGUACAAUGAUAGGGAUGGGUUCAGAUAUAUUUUCACCAAGUUUGGUCAAAUUUGUUCAAUCAAUAAGAAAGCUGUAGGGAUUUGAAAUUAGUUGUUUAUUUUAAAGAUGGCGGCCGUUCCCAUAGCAAUCGUUGUAGCGAUGCAAAAAUAAAAGUAUGUAUGAAAAGGUUUUUCUAUGCCUAAUUUAUAUUAUAUUUAAAUUUGACCUUGGGCAACAAACAGAAAAGGGACCUCGAGAGUCGCUCCUUCCGUUAAGGCCGUUUUCAACUCUUGUGUCAAAAGUUUACUCGGAUAAUUUGUUUGCAAAAGUUACAAUGUUAAGAUUAUUAAUUGCAUGCAACGUCACCUGUUGUGUUCACAUCCUGAACAUUUCUAAAGGAGGUAAACCCUGGUGAAAUCUACUGUACUUGAAAUAAAAGACGUAUUUUUCUAA